GCCCAAUUCUCCCAUUACUAACCUAAACCAGUACAGGGGGCGAAUCAUACCGCUUACUGGUCGUGAGCCUUUACUACUAACUGGGGGAGGCACAUGCUCGGACUUGUUCACAAACAACUUGUCGCUGGAAAGAAGUCCACAUUUAAGCAAUUUUAAAGUUGUUAUAAAGCAACCUUUAAACUAAUUUAGCUAACUAGUUUUGCUAAAAUCUAUGCAAAAGUUUAGUUAGUAGCUUGUAGGAUAAACAAGGAAUAAAGGAGAACCGGGAGACAACAUGGACAUGGAGAAAAAAAUUAAACAGGAACUCCGCAACCGGAAGCCAUCAGAGGUGGUGGAGUUAAUUCUCGAUAACUGCCGUUGUCCUAAAGGGAAGAUCGUGGGCCUCACAGAUGAGUUCCUAAACUUGGAGUUGCUCAGUAUGGCCGACGUUGGUCUCGCCUCCUUAGAUGGUCUGCCCAAACUGCCCAAGCUUCGGAAGCUGGAGCUCCCCAGUAACUGCAUAAGCAGACUGGAUGCUCUGGCAGAGAAGACCCCAGCACUGGUGCAACUCAACCUCAGAGACAACAAGAUCAAGGACGUCAGCACCCUCAAGCCGCUGAAGAAGCUGACCAUGCUGAGGAGCGUGGAGCUCCUGGACUGCGAGGUGUCCGCGCUGCUGGAGUACAGGGAGCUUGUUCUGGCGUUCCUGUCCCAGGUCACCUACCUGGAUGGAUACGACACCAAUGACAAGGCGGCACUGAGCUCGGGUUCGGAGCUGAGUGCAGACGAGGAUGGCUCGAGCGACCAGCCAGAAAACGAGGAGGACGGAACUGAGGAAGACGAUGAUGUAGAGUCAGAAGAUGGUAAUACAGAAGAGGAGGGCGAUGCCUUGGAUGAUGAGAGCGAUGCCUUGGAUGAUGACGACAUCGACGAUGACAUCGAUGAUGGCGAUGACGUAGGCGAUGAUGGCGAUGACGUAGGCGAUGAUGACGACGAUGUCGGCGAUGAUUUUGAUGCCGGCGACGACGUUGAUGAUGCCGACGACCUCGAUGAUGAUUAUGAUGAUGUCAAAGAAAUGAGUCCAGCGAAGAAGAGGAGAAAGUGUCAUGACGAUGACAGUGAUGACAGUGAUGACAGUGAUGGGGACGACGACUGAGAUUUACCAGAUUCAGCCAGUACCUCUGCAUGUCCCUUUUCCUGUGACUGCCUCACACUGAAGACCACAUGAGGGUUAGAUGACUUGCACAGCCUCCCUCCUCAAAAUGAAUCCCAUGGAAACUGCAGACCAGCCUUUUUCCAAUUUAAUAUUUCACUGUUUUUUAAGGAGCGGCAGAUAGAAUGGAAUCUGAUUCCAUUCUAUCCAUUGCGGUGCUCUUCAUGUAAACAUUGGUGCAGUGACUGCCUUUCUGAAGGGGGUCUGCAGUGAACAGCAGGCAGUGCUGUGCACCAGGACUGAGAGAGGCCAAUCUACUGGAAAACAUUCCCUAUUACAUGGAACAAUCAGUGGUCAUGUUCACCGGAAAAUCGUGCAAUACGCUCUCUGGUUCAUCAUUUUCAUUAAUUGUUGUAAGGGCUGGAUUUUCCACACUGAGCACAACCAAGUUUUGCCUGUAACAAUUAGAAAUGUUUAAAUGUUUAAAAUUUUUAUUCCCUUUG